AUGCAGCGCGCUCUGUCUACCCGGACAUCUGUCCUGUCGGCCGCUUCCAAGCGUGCCCCCUUCUACCGGCCUGCUGGCUUCAACCUCCAGCAGCAGCGUUUUGCUCACAAGGAGCUCAAGUUUGGCGUCGAAGCUCGUGCCGACCUCCUCAAGGGUGUCGACACCCUUGCCAAGGCUGUUACCUCGACUCUCGGCCCCAAGGGUCGCAAUGUGUUGAUCGAAUCGGCCUACGGAUCCCCUAAGAUCACCAAGGAUGGUGUGACUGUCGCCAAGGCCAUCCAGCUUCAGGACAAGUUCGAGAACCUCGGUGCCCGCCUCCUCCAGGACGUUGCCUCCAAGACCAACGAGCUCGCCGGUGAUGGUACCACUACCGCCACCGUCCUGGCCCGUGCUAUCUUCUCCGAGACCGUCAAGAAUGUCGCGGCUGGCUGCAACCCCAUGGACCUGCGCCGGGGUAUCCAGGCCGCCGUCGAGGCUGUGGUGGACUACCUGCAGCAGAACAAGCGGGACAUCACCACCGGCGAGGAGAUCGCUCAGGUGGCCACCAUCUCCGCCAACGGCGACACCCACGUCGGCAAGCUCAUCUCGACUGCCAUGGAGCGCGUCGGCAAGGAGGGUGUCAUCACCGUGAAGGAGGGCAAGACUCUGGAGGAUGAGCUUGAGGUCACCGAGGGUAUGCGUUUCGACCGUGGUUACACUUCCCCCUAUUUCAUCACCGACCCCAAGGCCCAGAAGGUCGAGUUCGAGAAGCCCCUGAUCCUGCUGUCGGAGAAGAAGAUCUCCGCCGUCCAGGACAUCAUCCCUGCUCUGGAGGCCUCGACCACCCUUCGCCGCCCCUUGGUCAUCAUCGCCGAGGACAUCGAGGGCGAGGCCCUCGCGGUCUGCAUCCUGAACAAGCUCCGUGGUCAGCUCCAGGUCGCUGCCGUCAAGGCCCCUGGUUUCGGUGACAACCGCAAGAGCGUCCUGGGUGACCUGGGUGUUCUCACCAACGGCACUGUCUUCACCGAUGAGCUCGACAUCAAGCUCGAGAAGCUCACCCCCGAUAUGCUCGGAUCUACCGGCUCUAUCACCAUCACCAAGGAGGACACCAUCGUUCUCAACGGUGAGGGCACCAAGGACUCGAUCGCCCAGCGCUGCGAGCAGAUCCGCGGUGUCAUGGCCGACCCCACCACUUCCGAGUACGAGAAGGAGAAGCUCCAGGAGCGUCUGGCCAAGCUCUCUGGUGGUGUCGCCGUCAUCAAGGUCGGCGGUUCCUCCGAGGUUGAGGUCGGUGAGAAGAAGGACCGUGUCGUUGACGCCCUGAACGCCACCCGUGCCGCCGUCGAGCAGGGUAUCCUCCCCGGUGGUGGUACCGCUUUGCUCAAGGCCUCUGCCAACGGACUGGAGGGUGUCAAACCCGCCAACUUCGACCAGCAGCUGGGUGUCAGCAUCAUCAAGAGCGCCAUCACCCGCCCGGCUCGCACCAUUGUUGAGAACGCCGGUCUGGAGGGCAGCGUCAUCGUCGGCAAGCUGACCGACGAGUUUGCCAAGGACUUCAACCGCGGCUACGACAGCUCCAAGAGCGAGUACGUCGACAUGAUCUCCAGCGGUAUUGUCGACCCGCUCAAGGUCGUCCGCACCGCCCUGGUUGACGCCAGCGGUGUCGCCUCCCUGCUCGGUACUACCGAGGUGGCCAUCGUCGAGGCUCCCGAGGAGAAGGCUCCUGCCCCUGGCGGUGGCAUGGGCGGCAUGGGCGGUAUGGGUGGCAUGGGUGGCGGCAUGUUCUAA